UCAAGUCAAGGAGUUGUCCUAAAAUUUCAAUUACCUGCUUUCCUUGAUCAGUGGAAUUAACAAUUUAGCUGUGGUUGAAAAUAGGGAUACUGCGUGGAAAAGUUAAUGUAUCGGAACCGAAAGACGAUUUAAAUUCUUAGAUAUGGCAAUUUGCCGCGUACUGGAGAUCACCGCUAUUUUCGUGGUUAUAUAUCAUGGCAGUCAAGCUGAGGUACAAAUUGCCGCACCAGAGAAUCUGAACGUUUACGACAAAACUGGCCACAGCCUGUUCAUCGAAUGGAGUAAAGUAGAAGGGCACAUUCUUGGUUACAGAGUGCGUCAUCAGCGAAAUGAUACUCCUGUCGCCCUUUGCAACAAUGGCUCGUUGAGUAACAACAGUUCGUUAUUUGUUUGCAAAAACGUGACAGCUGUGCUAAUCGAAGAUUUGGAUGUAUACAAAGACUAUCAAGUCGAAGUAAGAGCGUUUAAUAACGAAACCUUUGGGCCAAAUUGCACCGUCGCAGUUUUCCGCACCGAUGAAGGAAUACCAACACAUCCGCCUGUUAACGUCCAAACAAAGGCGGACCCAAAGAAUGCUACCUUGAUUGCGGUUUCCUGGGGAGAAGUCCCGCUAGAACAUCGUCUGGGUAAAAUUUCCCAAUACUUAGUAACUGUUAUUGAACUUGACGACAACAAAGAAGGGGUUGGCAACGACAGUUUCAAUGUAACCAACAUGAACGCGACCAUACCCGGUCGCUACCCCUUCACGUAUUAUAACAUCACUGUCGCAGCGUGGACAAGCAAAGGAGUGUCAAACGCCAGUGAGAUCAACCAAGUUCAAACCGCACAGGCCGCUCCAUGGAAUCCUCCGACGAACGUCAACUACUCUUAUGACCCCUACAUGUUGAACGAUACUUUUAAAUUUACGUGGGAACCAGUGGUAAAUAGAUUAAAUGGAAUUCUUCGUGGUUAUGAAGUGCGCUGGAAGCAAGUCAACUCGAGCACGGAAAACGUCAAAACAAUCAACGAAACGACAGACAAAUCACAACGCAGGCGUAGACGAUCAACUCCAACUCAAACCAUCGCAAGAGAAAUCGAGUUGAAAAAUUUGAGUCUUUACACCAACUACUCUUUCAAAGUGGCAGCCAUAACAGUCGCUGUAGGGAAAUACAGCGAAAAGAUAUAUUUCAAGUCACAGGAAGGAGUCCCAACAGCACCACCAAGAGAAGUGAAAGCCUACAACACAAGUUCCAAGUCAAUAAAUGUCUCAUGGACACAGCCUGUCGAUGAGUACAUUCAUGGGAAUCUUCGAGGUUACGAGAUCGCUUACACCCCGGCUAAUGGGGCUGCAAAUGCCACGCGAAGAGUGAUGCUAUGUCAUUUGAAUACUUCAUUUCACUUGAAAUGUCUGCAAGUAUAUACUUUGUAUAACAUCACUGUGGCUGCUUUCACUAUCAAGGGAAUAGGGAAAGCGAGUCGACUGCUUCAGGUUCGGACCGGUGAGGAAGGUACGUUGAAGCUUUUAUGA